AUGAUCGUACAAGAUCCAGCCUUUAGGUGUGGUUGUGAUGGGGGUCGGCCAAGAGUUGCUUUGAAUGACCUUGUAAAAGCAGAGAGUAUGGACGUGGUGAACUCCAAGAAAAUAAUCCUGUAUCAUUGUGCUGGCAGAAGUGGUGGCGGCAGUGGGACCUGGAGCCUGCUGCAGUUCCUGCAGCUGAUGGGCCAGCUCAAGAGAGUACCACGAACAGGCUGGGUACACAGAAAUGUUGAGAAGCCAGAAAGUGUAUCCGAUCAUAUGUACAGAAUGACUAUCAUGGCUUUUGUAACCAAAGAUAAGCAUCUUAAUAAAGACAGAUGUGUCCCACUCGCCCUGGUUCAUGAUAUGGCAGCGUGCAUCAUUGGGGAUAUAGCUCCUGCAGAUAACAUCCCUAAAGAAGAAAAACACAGGAGAGAGAAGGAAGCUAUGAAGCAGUUAACCCAGCUGCUAUCAGAAGAUGUCAAGAAGGAAAUCUAUGAUCUCUGGGAAGAGUAUGAGAACCAAUCCAGUGUGGAAGCCAAGUUUGUGAAACAACUGGACCAUUGUGAAAUGAUUCUCCAGGUGUUUGAGUAUGAGGACCUGGAGAACAAACCUGGGAGGCUUCAGGAAUUCUAUGAUUCAACUGCAGGAAAAUUCAGCCAUCCUGAAAUAGUCCAGCUUGUCUCUGAACUUACAGCAGAAAGAAAUGCUAAAACUAAAGGGGGAACAAGUGAGCCUCACCCUUGA